AUACUUGUCUUGUUGCCCCCAGCCACUACAAGUGUCAUAUAUCCCUACUAGGCUUCAUUGUGUUCGAUUCUGUGCUUUAUAGUCAUGGCUUCCAUCCCUUCCAGGAUGCACGCGUGGACAGUGGAAAUUGGCACAAAAGAAUUGGUUGGUUCCCAAGCCCUACUGUUCGAAGCUCCUUGCAGACCAGGUUCCGCAGAAAUGGUGUGAAGUGCCUGUACCAGAACCAGCCUCUGAUGCCGUCCUUGUCAGAAUUCUAGCCAUGGGAGGUGAGGUACCUCCAGAGCAAAGGUGUAUCGGUUACUUAACAACCAACUACAGUGUGUCAUAGUGAUUGCACCAUACUCAGUCUCCCGGACCUACCGGUUCCUUCAUGGACGAGGAAAUUUGUGUUGGGUCACGAGGCAAGCGGUGAGGUGGUCCAGGUCGGUUCCGCCACGUCGAAACUCAAAGUCGGAGAUAUGGUAACCUUGAUGUGCUGUGCAGGAUGUCAGCGCCCCGACUGUCCAGAAUGUAAUCGAGGACUCCAGCGGAUAUGCAUGGCAGCGGAACCAUAUGGACUUGGGCACGAUGGGUUCUUUACCGAGUAUACCGCCGUGAAAGAAUGGGCCGCCGUGCCCGUGCCAGAGGGUGUCUCGGCCGCGGCUGCGGCCAUCGCUGCAGAUGCAGUGCUCACCUCCUACCACGCAGUGAAGGGUCUUGCGAAGAUACAAUCGAAUGAGACAGUCCUUCUUUACGGACUGGGUGGAGUCGGUCUCAACGGGUUGCAAGUAAUACUGCACCUCGGACCGAAGCGGGUAAUUGUGGUCGAGAAGCAACAGGAGCUCCUAGUUGAAGCCGUCAGGCUUGGUGUUGCCUCUCAGGAUGUGUUCUGCCCCUCGGACGACAAGAAGAUCGAGGACUACAUUGCCGCCGAGAAGAUUGUCGUGGACACCGCGAUUGAUUUCGUGGGCGCCGAACAGACGUUCUCUAGCGCCCAGUCAGCUGUGCGUCCCGGAGGUAAGAUCGUCAUGGUGGGCAUGAACAGCAUGACGUUUCCUAUCAACACACUCAUCGCCAUGUCCAAGGAAUUGACUCUACUAUGCUCCUACAACGGGCCACGACAUGAACUCGAAGAAGCAUUGAAAUUGAUGGCUCAAGGUAUCAUCAGGCCAAGAAUCACCACAGACGGCAUCAACACCUUACCGCAAGUGUUAAAGGAUUUAGAAGACGGAAAGAUCAUGGGAAGAAGAGUGCUGCUUCACUAAAGCCGGUAAAUUGAUUACGGCAAGCAAAACUAAGCCCCCUAGCUUCCUACUUUGGCGAAUAUCCAUCUGAGAAUGAGACAAAGGGUUAUCUCGUGUAUCAUAUCUCGAAGACUU